GUAGUGAGUACUGGCCAUGUGCCUUUGUAUGCCAGCUGUCUCCCCGUCGCGUUAGGUCCCUUGAAGACGUGUCGAAACGUGAGCAUCUAACACCGGGACACGGCUUGGGGGCACGCCCCUCAAGCGACUUUUGGAAGAUGGCUUCCGGUAGUCAGAACCAUUUGAAGCGUCUUGUCACGCAACUGGGAUGGCAGCUGGCACGGGGCGGCGUUGAAGGCGGAAUGGCAGUACCAGGGACACUGUCUGGCAUGCGACCAUGCGGCCUUUUAGGGCGCCGCGUAUUGUCAACAGGAGCAGCUUCUUGUGCAUCUGCAGCAUCCCGUGCGGGCUCUGAGGGCGCAAAAGCUGGGUCUGGUUUGCGCCGUCUGAUUCAUGACUACAAGCAGCUCAGCAAGUUCAAGUUGAGUUCGUUGGUCGUCCUUACAGCAAGCGCAGGAUUCGUUGCCGCAAGUGGCGAGGAUAUUGACUAUGCCAAAAUGGCCUGGACAUGCUUGGGUACGCUUGGGGCCGCAGCAGCGGCCAACACCUUGAACCAGGUUUACGAGGUGGCAAACGACCGGCUGAUGUCACGGACACGCAACCGGCCCCUGCCCGCGGGGCGGAUGGGCCGGCUGCAUGCGGUGGCGUUUGCAGCGGUGUGCGGAGCGGCGGGGAUCUGGGUCUUACAUGACAAGACCAACGACCUCACAGCUGCUCUAGGCGCGGCGAACAUUCUGCUCUACGCCGCGGUCUACACGCCCCUGAAGCAGAUCACCAUUGCCAACACCUGGGUGGGCGCGGUGGUGGGCGCUAUCCCGCCGCUCAUGGGCUGGGCGAGCGCUGCGGGCGAGCUGGACGCGGGCGCCAUUGUGCUGGCAGCCGCGCUGUUCUUCUGGCAGAUGCCGCACUUCCUGGCGCUCGCCUGGAUGUGCAAGGCGGACUACACAGCCGGCGGCUUCCGCAUGCUGUCCAUGGUAGACGCCACCGGCCGGCGGACGGCGCUGGCAGCCCUGCGCCACAGCAUCUACAUCGCACCCAUCGGUCUGCUGGCCGUGCUGUCCGGCUUUGCGACGGAGCCCUUUGCCUGGGAGGCUGCGGCGCUGGCGGCCUACCUGAUGUACGGCUCCGCACAGUUUGCACGGCAGCCGUCGCAGGCCUCUGCUCGCAAGCUCUUCAAGUCCAGCCUGCUGUACCUGCCGGUGCUGCUGGCGGCGCUGGGGGCGCACCGCGUGCCUAACAACCACGCCGUGGACUGGAACACGCUGAGCUCGCGCGUUCUGGACUGCCUGCCUGUGGCGCUGCGGACGGAGCUGGGUCGCGCGUGCGGCGUGGUGGAGGACGCGGCGGCGCAGCUGAGCGGCACGCUGGUGGCGAACCGCAUCACCUGCCCCUCCAAGGCGUACGGAGACUCUGGGGAGGAGCUGCAGGAGCAGCGGCAGGAGGGGGAGGGGGAGCAGCAAGAAGGCGAUGAGCAGGAGCAGCAGCAGAAGCAGGAUUAGGCGGGAAAGAUGGUCCGGUGCGUGUGGUAGAGGGGUCACACAGCCCGCACGACACCAGCAGUGCAGUGGGUGUGUUGCGGUGUGCUGGUCCGCCUUACAACACAUAGCGCAGAGGCGCUGGCAUGGAGCUGUGGUGCCGUAAGGGGUGUAGCUUGGGGGGCCUGUUGAUGUGCAGUUUGGUUGGCUUGCGUGACCACUCGUGCUGGCGGGCCUACCGGUAGGUUGUGCGCUGCCCCUUGAGCCCUGUUUAGCGUGUUGUGCUCCGCGCUUGCGCAUAAGGCAGUGUCCCACGUAGCUGCUGCUCAGGGGUUGCGGAGUUUGCACGGCCCAUAGCUAUGGCAGUGCUCACGACCCAGAUGGCGGCGGGUCCUGGUGUUGACUGUUUCUAACCGGUGUGGCCCACUGCGUGUGCGUACGGAGUGGGAGCCGUGCGGCGAGCUUAUUCUCAAACUGACUGGUGUAGCUUAUCUAGCCUUUGCAAAUUUGUCACUGUCUGUCGCGACGUCGAGCAGACUAAGUCUUUUUUCUGUUUGGGGGGCCCAUAGAAGUGAUGGGCUGUACCCGGUCAGUCCCGUGCGUGCGACGGGUGGCGUCUUAGGCUAGGUCUUCAGCGAAGUUGGGGGGGUGUGCUGGGUUUUGGUGGUGGCUGGGGUUUCCCAUGGGAUUUCCCUGCUCGGCAGUUGUAAAUGUAUCUGCUAAUGUAGUGCAUAGGUUAGAUGCUUGUUGUUUCGGUAGGUGAUUCUGGUGGGCAUCCCAAUGGCAGUUCUGGGUUUGACGCUUUCGUUUGGAUACCCAGUGUGGAUACCCAGUUAGCUUUUGAGGGACUCGUCGCCAGGAGUAGGCGUGCUAAGUGCCAGUUUUGCUCGCUAAUAGCCUGGGCACAUGCAAGGCGUCAUGAUGCGUCGGCUGGCCAGCAGUUUGUAUUGUUACUUCAUUUUUGCCUAU